GAACAGACGUGGAACAUCUACUUAACCGGACUCCGGCUUCAAUCUGCGCAUGCUCUCUGCGGUCGCCAAACCUGGGGUUGUGGACACAGGGAGGGAUAGAGAGGGCAGCGAGAGAGCGAGCGACGACCCAAUGAGCAACAUGUUGCAUUUUCUAUGUCUUCUUUUCCACGAUGCACUUUAGGAUUUCAAUAAGAUGCGUGUGUGUUUCCAGAUAACCAGUUUCCUUCUCGCCGUAAACUUUUACAGCCGGCCAGUGCGAGCUCAGGAUCCCUCCUGUUGCCACCAUGCUGCCGAAUUCUCACCUUGCAGAGAAGCUUGUGGCCAGCUCACCACUAUAAAGAGUGAGUCACGUCUGAAGCAUCUCCUGCAGAGGUUACCUGGUUACUGUCCAGAGUCUAUGAAUGAACUUUGGAUGUGCAUCAAUUCUACACUUCCAGGAGUAUCGAGGAAAUCAGAAGGCUGGGUGGGGCUGGGCUGCUGUGAACUGGCCAUCACGACCGAGUGUCGCAAGGAAUGCAAACAGGCAUCUUCAAAAAAUGAUAUAACAAAAGUAUGCAAGAAAACCACAGAGAACUCGCUCUACAGCUGCAUCACCAAAAAUGAAAUGGGCUCUACAUGCUGCAGCUAUGCAGGUCGUCACACCACCUGCAGAGAGUACUGCCAGGCCAUCUUCAGGACUGACUCGACCCCCACCGUGUCCCAGAUCAGCGCUGUCAAAGACUACUGUCAGACUCACAGUGCUCAGCUGAUUCACUGUGUCAACAACUUCACAAAGUCCUACCCCAUACACAGCCCUGUGGACAGUCUGUACUGCUGCGACAGGGCAGCUACCCACUGCCAGAUGGCUUGCCGACAAAUCCUUCGCACUAUGAGCACAGAGCAUGAGAUUAUGGAGGGUUUGAUCAAAGAGUGCGGCUCCCAGCCGCUCCCUCAGGAGCCUAUGUGGCAGUGCUUUCUGAGCAGUGUCCAGACUCCUUCCAUAACUGAAGAGGAUAACCUUCCUGCCAAGAUGGACUGUGCCAAGCUGCACUGCUGCUCCAAAGCCAACACCUCACUCUGCAGGGACAUGUGUCUGGAGAUCAGCUCCAACUGGGGCAGCCAGACAUGGCAAGACUUUGACCAGCUCUGUGAGUACAACCCAGUGGAAACAGAGCUCAUCAACUGCCUGGCUGACGUCAGAGAGCCCUGCCAGCUGGGCUGCAAGGACCUCACUUACUGCACCAACUUCAAUAACAGGCCGACGGAGCUGUUUCGCAGCUGUAACAUCCAGUCAGACCAGGGUGCCAUGAAUGACAUCAAGCUGUGGUCUAAUGGUACAAUUAAGAUGCCCUUCAUGAACAUCCCUGUGCUGGACAUUAGGAAGUGUCAGCCCCACAUGUGGAAGGCUGUGGCCUGCGCCCUGCAGAUCAAACCCUGCCACAGCAGGUCCAGAGGGAGCGUUAUAUGCAAAUCAGAUUGUGUGGAUAUCCUGACCCAGUGUGGAGAUACAAAACGUUUUCACGAAGGACAAACACCAGAGAGGAUCUGUGAGCUCCUGUCGCCUAUUGAUGACCCUGAACACUGCAUCCCUCUCUACAGAUACCUUACACCCAGCUCCCUAGGCAGCAACACUGUUAAGGAGGUUAUCCAUCCAUGCAAUCCUAACCCCUGUCCAAGCAACCACAUAUGCCAGGUGAACAGGAAGGGCUGCCUCGAUGAGCUAAACUGUCAGCCAUACCUCUGUGUGCCAGGCUGCAAAAUGGGUGAAGCCUCUGAGUUCUUGGUGCAACAGGAUGCUCGUAUCCAAGUGCCUACGCGCACUGAUCCUACGGUUUGCUUCGAGGUGUGCAGCUGUGGUCCCAGUGGGCGACUGGAGAACUGUGUGGAGAUGCCCUGCAUGGACACCAGCAAGCCCUGCAUAGUAGGAGGACAGAGGAAGAGCCAUGGGACGUCUUUCAAGACCGACUGCCACAACUGUUACUGCUUUGCUGGUGAGACCGUCUGCUCCACUAAAGAGUGUCUCAGCUCUGGAUACACAGAUGACAGUCAUCGACACUUUACUGGUCUUCCCUGUAGCUGCCAGGACCGCUUUGUUCCAGUGUGUGCCUCUAAUGGGCGGACAUAUCCCAGUGCCUGCGUUGCUCGAUGUAUGGGAUUCAAGGACAGUCAGUUUGUCUUUGGCCCGUGCCACCUCAGUAAACCAUGUGCCAGCAAACCCUGCCAGAGAAACCAGAGGUGCAUCCCAAAGUAUCGCGUGUGUCUGAGUGACGUGUCGGACUGUCCGCAGUAUGAGUGCAUCGGGCACGCGGCAACCUGCGACAAGAACAGCGAGGACUCAGUCUGCGACACUGAGGGCAUCGACCACCGCAGUCUGUGCCAUUUGCACCAGGCUGGGAAAAUCUUGGCCUACAUGGGUCGCUGCCAGGAAGGCUGCAGAAAGCCAAAACAAGUCUGUGGCCAUAAUGGCGAAACCUACAACACGGUGUGUGGCGCCUAUUCUGACCGUGUCACUGUGGACUAUGAGGCCCCCUGCAGAGCUGUGGGAGCUGUCUCUGACGUGGCCCCUGACUCAGCCUGCAGUUUGGUUUCAUGUCCAAGUCUGUCCACUCCAGGCUGCCACCCUGUCACUCCACCAGGAGCCUGUUGUCCCAUAUGUGCCAGCAUCCUGCAGAUCCUCUGGAGCAAAGAGCGAAUGAACACGUUCUCAAAGCUGAACAAGAAGCAGCCGGUGACGGUCCACGAUGUCCUUCAGAUCCUGCGGCCUCACAUCUCAGUGCCACAGUGCGAUGUUUUCGGCUACCUGAGUAUUGACCACCUGCUGGUGGUCAUCAUCGCCCCAAUGGACCAGCAGCCAACACCUCUGCAGAUUGAAGCCUGCAGUAAAGAGGCUGAGAAGAUUGACUCCCUCAUCAACUAUGCCAGCCCCACUCUGGUGUCCCACGUCCCUCUGUCUGCCUUCCUCACCUCUGAAAUCAAGACAUCUUCCAUCCACUCCUCAGGGAGCACGCCAUGGUCACCUCUGACACCCGCCCUGUGUUUCCUUCUGGGUCUCCUUGUUACACCGGCUCCAGUGCUCUAAGUGCCAGCCUCUGUGACUCCCAGUGCCAAAGUCAGGAUGGUGGGCGUGUUCUGGCAGCAAUGAACAGACGAUCGUGAUGACAAUCAUUCCUAUUGACUGACCUGCGUUUCAAACAAUCAGGGUGGUUCAAAGCUUUUGUAUCAACUGUGUUUAGUGAAUAGUUACUCACUGGAUUUCCCAGCCAGUGUGUGUGCGUGUGCGUGUGUGUGUGUGUGUGCG